GCUUUGGGGGCCCCAAGCGCCUUGGCGAUGGUCAGGAUGGUUUGUCCAGCAUGGUUACAGGGCAUGUCAGUUUUGCCAACACAGACAACAUCGGGAUCGCUUUCCACGAUGCUGCAGCGACCGGCGACGUUGACAUCCAGCAGCGGAUGGAAGAACAUUUGGCGCAUUGUGCCCUCUUGACGGCUGUGGCGCAGGAGAACUGCCUUUUGGAUUGCCUACUCUCCUGCGACUGGGCUGAAUAUCCUGGGUCACAGCUGAUCCCGGCGCUGGCGCAACAUUUGGCGGACAGAGUAGCCUGCACCUCCUUGAAGUUGCCGGAGUAUGAGGACGCCAUGAAAGAGUAUCUGCAGCAUCUCCGCUUGAGGUCGCAGAUCGUUUGGGAUAUCUUAUCCCUGGAGCAACAGCCGACGCUUGGCUGGCCAGAGCGUAUGACAAUGGAUCCCUUCGUCUCUGGCUACAGGAAGCGCAGCUUCCUGCAGAACUGCGGCAAGUUGUCCUUCUACCUGACGUUCCCUGGCUUUGUGCCAAGAGCUGCUGGUGGAGCUGCCCCCAGACGUCUUGGAAAAGGUGCACUGCCAGAGUGGCUGGACAGGGUGACCAAGGGUGUGAGUGAUCACUUCCAAGACGGCCACGCUAUGUCCUGGAUCCGCGAGGCCGACAUCCGGUGA